GACGCCCCUUAAUAUUCCCCUGUAUUCGAGCACUUGUGCUUGCGAUGACCACUAACGAUGAGCAUGUUGAGAAAGGGGCAGGUGGCGAGGGUGAUACGCUACCUGCUCCUGAACGAAACGAGGUUGAACAGAGGACAGUUGUUGAGGAGCCUCGGCCUGAUAAAGUUGAGCCUGUUGACAUUGAACGACGGGGAAAGGAUGAUCCAGGUGCGCGUUGGCGAGAAGGCGAGGUGCACGAAAUUCCUCACAAUAACCUGAAAAUCGUGUUUCCUGCUCUCAUGUUAACAAGUCAGAACUUGCUUCGUGUCGAAUCCGUGUAUGCGCUCUUACUCUUUCUCUCUUUCUCUUUAGUUUUUCUCGCUGCGUUAGAUCAAACAAUCACAGCUGUAGCAUUGCCGACGAUUGUCAGAGAUAUCGGUGGCUCGUCUGGAUACAGCUGGAUUGGCAGUGCAUAUUUGCUGAUGUCUGCAUGUGUUAGCCCUCUGUACGGGAAGCUCUCUGACAUCAUUGGACGGAAACCUAUCCUAUUAUUUUCAAUCGGUAUUUUCUUGUUUGGAUCUGCAAUGUGUGGUGCCGCACAGAGUUUCAUCUGGAUUGCAUUGUGUCGUGGUGUGCAAGGUAUUGGAGGUGGAGGCAUUAUGGAGAUGGUCAUGAUUGUAUUUUCUGAUAUUACUACCCUCGAAGAACGUGGUAAAUAUGGUGGUCUUGUAGGGGCAGUCUGGGGAAUUGCAGCUGUCGUUGGACCACUUGUAGGGGGUGCACUCGCUGACCAUGCCAGUUGGCGCUGGUGCUUCUUUAUCAACCUUCCCACGUGUGGCGUUGCAGCAUUCAUUCUGUUGUUCUUCUUGCACCUCAAUCCGACGAAGAAGCGGUCUGUACGCGAUGUCGUGACUACAUUUGACUUUUUGGGUCUCGCUUUAAUCAUGGGAGGAGUUGUCCUUAUCCUGAUUGGUUUCCAGAGUGCCCAGACUGCUGCUAAACGGUGGCAAGCACCUGCGACUAUUUCUUUGCUUGUCCUAGGUGGCGUUCUUCUCAUUGCCGGAAGCAUCAACGAGAUCUUCACGUCUCGCGAGCCUAUCAUCCCACCUCGCCUAUUCCGGACGCGUACGACGGCCGGAAUCCUUUGUAGCUCCUUCAUCCAUGCAAUGACGUUCUUCGCCGCGAGCUAUUACGUACCCUUAUACUUCCAGAUUCUUGGAUCGGAUGCAACGAUGUCGGGCGUGCGCCAGUUACCGCUCACUGUUGGUUCCUCGAUCUCGGCGAUUGCUUGCGGUAUAACUGUCACAAAAACGGGGCGUUAUCGUCCUGCUAUGUGGCUUGGAUUUUCUGUCUUGACUCUUGGACUCGGGCUCUUAAUUAUGCUUGAGGAAAACACUAGUACUGCAAAGCAGGAGAUUUGGUUGUUAGUAGCGGGUCUUGGAGCAGGAUGCUUGUUCCCGCCACCGCUUAUUGGGUUGCAAGCUUCUAUGCCUCUGAAAGACAUGGCCACGAGUACUGCAGUAUUUGUUCUUCUACGGACGCUAGGAGGGACAGUUGGCAUCUCUGUUGGCGAUACGGUUUUUCAGUCUGAACUACCUGGCCGUCUCGCGAAAGUCCCUGGAUUCUCCUCAAUCGUGUCUUCAGGAUUCACGGACUUCACAAGCCUGUCGAGAAUCCAGCCUGAUUCGUUACGUCAACAAGUUCUUCACGCGUUUACCCGUAGUUUGGCUACGAUAUACAUCGUUUUUACGCCUAUUGCGUUUGUUGGUCUGCUUUUCGUUUUGAUCAUCCGCGAGUAUACCCUGGUACGUAAUGUAGAGAGAGGAAAGAAGCAGGUGAAGGAGAAAGAGAUUAUUGAUUCGACUGAGGACUCUGAGCGCCCAAGUGUCGCUGAUGUAAAUCCUGCUGCAGCUGUGGCGCCGAUCAAAGCAUGAUGUGCAUUCACUCCCUCACAGGAAUCUCUUCCGUAGUAGACCUAUUUAAUUCUUCAUGUUGACUAAUUUAACGUAGUUUCUUUGUUUUGGUUCUUAUAUCUUCAUGACAAUUACGAUGUUAAAAUUUUUGGCCCGC